AUGUUCCUGAAUGAGUGGGUGGGCGGUGAACGCCAAGAGGCCUUCCAGCUGGGUGAGGGGGAGCUGCGGAAACCUAGCGCGCCGGCGCCCGGCUUGCACACGUCAAGGCACUGCGGCGGCGGCGGAGCCGGCUGGGAGGGCGGCGAGGGGCUGUGGCCUGGGCAGCCGAGGCUUACGCAGCCUGUCAGCCAGGGUGCCUACGAGCUCCUGGUGCUUCUGCUUGGCUCCGUGGGACUGCUGGGCGUCUGCAGCAGCCUGCUGGUGCUCGUCCUCUACUUCAAGUUCCCGUGGCUCCGCAGCCCCGCCCGCCUCUUCCUGCUUCACGUCAGCCUCGGCAACCUGCUACCCUCCGUCCUCCGAGCCGCGCUAGCUUUCGCGUUCCGCCCGAGGGGCGGCGUGGUGGGGGGAGCCACGAACUGCGUGUGGGGCGGCUUCAGCAACAGCCUGUGGGAGAAGAGUUCCAGUCACAAAUGCAUAUGUGAUAACAUUUUUGACAUUCACUGCUAAGAUGAAAUGCAGAAGUGAACACCACAC